CUCUGUGAAAUGAUUUUUCUCACAGUUGCUUUCUUUUCUCUCUCUCUAUCUGUAUUCAUUAACACACACAACACACACUGAUACAGAGGAAGUUACACGCACUCAAUCUGUAUAUAUAUUUGUGUAUAGAAUACAUGUAUAUGCGCAUACAUAUUAUUAUAACGUGAAAAGUUAGGUUUUCUUUUACCUUUUCUAUUCCUCACACUGCAAUCGAAGAGCGUACAGCUUCAGGGGUGGUAUUAUGCAUCCUCCCACUGGUUUCAACCCAUUACUAGAGUGCUAUUCUAUGAGAUUUGUUGAUUACAAACUCGGGUCCUUGGACCUAGGGUUUUGUUUGUUUGCUGAGUGUAGAAAUUGGAUUUUUGUGUGACUGAUUAUUUUGCGGUUGAUGUAUGGGGAAAUGGGUUUUAUUUCUUUUUGGCUAAAGUUUGAGCGUUAGGAAAAUUUGUUGUUGCGACUCUGUUUGGUCGUGGGAGUGGUAGGUUUUUAAGGGUCAGUAGGGCAUGGCUGAUGUUCGGCAACAACUACAGCAGAAACCUGAGAGCACGGAGAACGACACUCAUUCUGAAUUUGAGAGGGGUUUGGAGGAGUUGAUGCGUGGGCACUAUGACGAGUAUAUGUCAUUCGCCUCCUGCAGUUCACCCAGAACAACUAGUACUGAGGAUGAGGAGGACGAAGGGGAGCAGCUUGUUAGAAGGCGGAGGAGGUCGGAUCUUGAUGGUGAUGACCUGGCAGAGUCUUCUGCUGCCAGGAGACGUCAGUCAAGAAUUUUGAGCAGGUGGGCUGCUCGUCAGGCGCAGGAGAUGAUAACAACCAUUGAAAGGAGGAAUCGCGAGUCAGAGUUGAUGGCACUUGCUGGCUUGCACACGGUUUCAAUGCUUGAUUCAUCAUUCUUGAGGGAGUCACAGUCCCCAACGUCAAGGCGUCAGGGCAAUGUUGAGAGGCUCAGCACCCGGGCCUCAUCUAUUUUGCAGAUGUGGCGGGAGUUGGAGGAUGAGCAUGCACUUAACCGCGCUCGCGAGAGAGUACGAGAGAGAUUGAGGCAGCGGAGAAGUGUGGAAUCUAACACAAAUGCAUCUGUAACUAUGUCAGAAGGCAGGGAAGGUGAGAAUCAGGGUAGUCAGGCUGAUGCUAGUGAGAGUGAGAAUGACUAUGGUACAUGGUCCCAUGAUCAGUUGAGCCGACAGAAUGAGAAUAGGGACCAUGACAAUUCUAGCCGUGAGCAAUCCCCUGAUCUUGGAGAAGUUGAGAGGGAAAGGGUGAGGCAAAUUGUUCGUGGAUGGAUGGAGAGUGGUAUUAGUGAUACUUCCUCUAAUGUUAUGCAGAGGAAUGAUAGUCCUAGAGCUGAAUGGCUUGGGGAAACUGAGCGUGAGAGGGUGAGGAUUGUGAGGGAGUGGAUGCAAAUGACAAGCCAGCAGAGAGGGUCUCGUAGUGGACGUAGGGAAGAACGAGAUAAUGAGCCUGGCCCGCAAGUUGACAGUGCUCGUGGAGGGUCUACCGUUGACCAAGAUGAGGGUCAGCCAGAGCAUAUACGCAGGGACAUGUUGAGGUUGCGAGGACGACAAGCUCUACUUGAUUUGCUUGUAAGGAUUGAAAGAGAAAGGCAACGAGAACUUCAAGGUUUACUGGAACAUCGCGCUGUUUCUGAUUUUGCACAUCGCAACCGUAUUCAGUCGCUACUUAGAGGCAGAUUCUUACGAAAUGAGAGGCCUGCGGAGGAAGAGAGACCGCCAUCAAUGGCUGCUAGUGAGUUAAAUCAGCUGAGACAGCGACAAUCAGUCUCUGGCCUAAGGGAAGGAUUCCGCUCCAGAUUGGAAAAUAUUGUUCGUGGUCAAGCAAGCAGCAAUCCUGAGACCUCAUUUGACAGUGGCAGCAAUGAUUCUAGAAAUGAUACGUAUGCUUUGCAGGAGAGGCAACAUGAGAAUCAGGAAGUUGGUGUUCAAUUGCCAGAUCGCAUGGGAAAUACAAAUGGCAGCACAGCUGUUCAGAGUUCAAAUCAACAUGUUGCACCUGAUCAAGAGAGCCAUAGGAAUGGGCAGAUUACUGAAGAGAUAAGAGCAAACCAACAACAAAGAAAUGAAAUUUCAGACAACCAAGAUGGGAAUGGGCUGGUAAAUGCAGUAUCUGACUGGCCCUCAGAAGCAGUGGUGACUGAAGAUGGAGGGCCACGUCGUUUGCAACAAGUGCAUGAGGUUUGGCAAAAUGAUGGCUCACGAGAAACUGUGGACAAUUGGUCAGAUGGGCCUUCAGAUCCUCCAAGAAUGCGGCGAUCUGUUCCAUACCGAAGAGUUGCCAGGUUCCACCCACCUGAUGAUGAUAAUGUAUACAGCAUGGAACUCAGGGAGCUAUUAAGCAGGAGGAGUGUUUCCAAUCUUCUUCGUAGUGGUUUCCGUGAGAGCCUGGAUCAAUUGAUUCAAUCUUAUGUGGAAAGGCGAGGAAGAGCUCCUAUGGAUUGGGAUCUCCACAGGAACCUGCCUCUUCCACCAUCACCUGAGAGAGACCAGGACCAACAGAACAAUGAGCAGAAUGAGGAUCAGCGUGCUGCUACUGAUAGACCUACACUAGUUUUACCAACUCCUCCAGUUCCACCACCACAACCCCUUUGGCAUCAGGAUUUGCACCACUCUGGGUGGUCUCGUCACAAUGUCCAUCGUCCAGAAAUUGAGUGGGAGAUGAUUAAUGAUCUGCGAGCAGACGUUGCAAAACUUCAGCAAGGAAUGAAUCACAUGCAAAGGAUGUUAGAAGCCUGCAUGGACAUGCAACUGGAGCUGCAACGCUCUGUUAGACAGGAAGUUUCAGCUGCUCUUAAUCGAUCAUCUGGUGGACAAGGGAUUGCUGAGACAUCAGAGGAUGGGUCUAAAUGGGGUCAUGUUAGAAAGGGAACAUGCUGCGUUUGCUGUGAUAGUCAUAUCGAUGCCCUACUGUACAGAUGUGGGCACAUGUGCACUUGCUCAAAAUGUGCAAAUGAGUUGGUACGUGGAGGAGGAAAGUGUCCGUUGUGUCGUGCACCCAUUGUUGAGGUGAUUAGAGCUUAUUCCAUACUGUAAAAAGAAGGGGAAAAAAAAAAAAGAUGUAGGAGAAGAAACGAAUAAGCAGUUCAAACGAACUGAGUGGUAAGAUGCGGUGGAGCUGUGGAUGUUCUCUCAUCUCUGAAGCUCCCCAGGUCUUAUCUGUAGAGUCUUUAGUUUACCACUGUUUUCUUGAUUAUAUAUUUGAACACCUUGCGUUGUAUGAUUGGGUCGACAAUUGGCUCUAACUGCUUCCCCAUUCAUUCGUAAAUAAUAUAUAUAUCAAUUCUUUUCAUCAGUA